AUGUCGACGAGUUUCUUUCUGAAACCGAUGCCACGUGAUCGACUUUUGACGCUUCUUCUACAUUUCAACUUCGGCCAAAACCAGGAUGACAGGCUGCACAGAAUACGUCCUAUCGUUGACAAAGUGACUGAAAAUGUUAGAACGGUGUGUGUUUCCACACAGGACGAGAGUUUUUUUGGAAAUUUAAGGAAAGGCUCCGAUUCAAACAAUACAAACCGAAAAAAGAUGCCCGCUUUGGAGUCAAGGAUUAUAAAGUAUGCCAGUCAACUGGCUGGCUACACGUGGAAUUACAAAAUCUACACUGGUCAGAAGAGAUUGAAACUUCAAGAGUAUACUCUAGCGUCAACUGAUGUCAAGUUGUCGCUGGAUGAAAACUUGUUUGACAAAGGCCACAAUAUUUAUAUGGACAAGUGGUUUUCCAGUCCAGACGUCUUCCUGAAGCUGCAAGCGAGGGGGAUUAAUUUCUGUGAGACUGUGACGACGCACGGGAAAAAACAUGCCAUACGAACUUCAAAAGAUGAAACUUCAAAAGGGGGAAUCAGCGUAACGAUGCACUGA